AUGGCCAAAGAGCUCUGGACAGUUGUUGAGGAUUUUGGCAUCACAGCGAACCUUGGAUAUUUCGUUGGCGACAGUCACCCGUCCAACGACACUAUGCUAAGGGAGCUUUCUCAACUUCUUUCGUUACACGGAGUGACGGAUACGUGGGAUCCAAUACUACACCGUCUUCGGUGUAAUGGCCAUAUCGUUAAUCUGGCAGUUAUGGUAUUUCUCUUUGGGAAAGUUCCGGAUUUAGAGCCCGAUCCAGAUAACAGGACUGUUUCUGAUGAAUAUGAUCCUACGCAGAAAGAACUUAAUGAAUGGAGGAGGCUGGGCCCGCUUGGAAAGCUGCACAAUAUCGUGAUGUCCGUGCGUUGCAGCCCUCAAAGGCUUCAGGGAUUCAAAAAGCUCUCAGAAAAUAAGACUCUACGCCGUGACAACAAAACUAGAUGGAAUUCUUGGUAUACCAUGAUCGAGUGGGCUCUAAAACCAGAUCUUCGUCGAGCCAUUGAUGAGUUUUGUGCUAACGAUCCGGGAUUACAGAUGGACAGGUUGCUCUAUGAAGACUGGCAGAUUCUUCUGCAAAUAUGCGACUUUCUACGACCUUUCGAACAUGCUACCAAGGCGACUGAAGGGCACAAUGCAACUGUGGACGAGGUGCUCCAAACCAUGGAUUUCUUACUUAGUUUGAGAUCGGACGAAAUAAGUAUCCAAGCAACGAAUACAUGGCUCCAUGUAUUGAUAUGGGCUGGGCAAAGCUCAACAAGUACUACACUCGGACAGAACAAUCACCUAUCUAUGUUGCUUCAAUUGUGCUCCACCCGGGAUGGAAAUGGUCAUACUUUUCGGAGCAUUCAGGGUGGAAAGCCGCCUGGAUCAAGGUGGCGGAAAAGAAAGUCGACAAUUUGUGGAAGGACCAUUAUAAGUCAUCUUUCUCCCUCCGCAAACAGUCAUCCAGAACGAGAGAGAAAAGCUCCAACGAACGAGUUUCGAGCUUGGAUACAGAGAAAGCCGAUCAUUGUGGACGACGAGUACAAGCUGUACUUCAGUGAACCCGUAUUAUCUGAUGUAGCUAUGGAACAGCUACAUCACAACCCUCUACAAUGGUGGCUUGAGCCAACCCAGCGCACUCGCUUUCCCGCUUUGUCCAAAAUGGCAAUUGAUGUCCUGUCCAUUCCGGCAAUGUCUGCCGAAGCAGAACGCCUCUUUUCCUCUGCCAAAUUGGAUGUUACAGACCAAAGGAAUUCCCUAAGUAUACAAACACUGGAGGUUCUGCAAUGCCUAAAGUCGUGGUGCAACAGCGAUGCUGUUAAGCCUAGUAAGACUGCUUAA